AUGGAAAACCCGGCUUCAAAUAUUUAUCCAGCUUCACCUUCUGAACAACAUCAACAUCAUUUAAAUAGUAGUAAUAAUAAUAAAACUUAUUCUCAACAAUAUCAACGUGAUGAAUACCAUCAAUUUCGUCUUCCUCCACCUUCAAAUUUUAAUUUCAAUUAUACCCCACUACCAACACCUGCUGCACAAACGUCUUCUAUAACCGAUGCAAUUCAUCAAUAA